UCUGGAUUUCCCUCAUACGAGUCUCCCCUCAUCCUCCCUCUGAAAAAAGUCAGAUCAAGCUUUUCCGGUCUGCUAGCCCUACUUUCCUUUCAGAUCUGUGGUGUUGGAGCUGAGGGGACUCGCAGGCACAGACGAGGAGCGGCGAGGAGGAACCGGAGCUGUUAAACCACGUACGCCUCUGCACGGUCACUCCAAACGGCUAGCGUGUCCUGUCGGUGGUGUUAUGUGCUCGGAGAGGAGGUACAGUUAGGGAGGAGGGAGCGGAAUGCUUCGGUGGAUGGCACCGCACACGGUUUUCGCCGCGACUGCUAUGUGCUCUUCCAUCCACGCGUCUCCGCGUCUCCGUGAAGCCGCCACGCGCCUCCCGGAGCUGCAUGUCCUACUCUCCGCCGGCCUGCUGUUCCCACCUCCGGUGUCCGGCUACUCAUUACAUAACUCCGCGUGUUUGUCGCUCGCACUGACUUUAUUCUCCCGCAGCCAAAAGAAGGACAUCGCGUUUACCGCCCCAGAAGCCGCAAGCGGCAACAGGCGACGACGCGGCGGCGGCAGCGGUCAAAGCAGGAUUUAAAGCUGGACUGCGCUGCCUUGUGCUGUCGUGGACUGGAGGAGUAGUAGGAAUAGCAUACAGGGUGGAAACCUGAGUCCAGCGGUGAUGAGAACUCACCCGAGUGGAUUUCACUGGUGUGCUGCCAGAAGCAUCUGGAAAGGAUAACACAGGGAUACGCUCCCCCUCCAGAGGACCAGAGCAUAAUUCACAUCUCAGACAUUUCAGCGUUUCAGCUCUGCGGCUGCUGAGGGAUGUCUUUUAGCUUGUGGCUUAUGGUGAACUUAUUUUAAUUACACUGGCUACCCUGAGUGGCACAGUUUGGGCUUAAAACCAGACCUCCUUCUGGCAGCAGAGGGUUUGGACCUGUUGGAUGACUGUGCGCCUCGAUGCACUGAUUCCAUCCUGCUCAGGAAACCCGAACACAUUUAUAACCGUGCAAAAUUCCUUGUAGCUAUGCAGUGAAGAUGUGUGCAGCCAGGUUCAGUGGCUGCCUUAAUGGCUCUGCCGAGGAGGCCGCCUCUGGCGCCACUGGUCCGGUCGUGACCUCCAGGAUGCUGGACUGGACUGAGGCCGGUCCCCGCAUCCUCCACAGCCUGGAGAUGGGCACGGUGAUGACCAUCUUCUAUCAGAAGAAGUCCCAGCGGCCCGAGAGGAGGACUUUUCAAAUAAAGCAGGACACCAGGCAGAUAGUGUGGAGCCGAAACCCCGACAAAAUAGAAGGAGAAAUUGACAUACGGGAGAUCCGAGAGCUGCGUUUGGGGAAGGGUUCCCGUGACUUCGAGCGCUACCCGGAGGAGGCUCGCAAACUGGACUCCGCCCACUGCUUUAUCGUGCUCUACGGGCUGGAGUUCCGCCUCCGGACCCUCAGUGUGGCAGCCUUCAGUGAGGAGGAAGUCAACAUGUGGAUCAGUGGACUCAACUGGCUGAUGAUGGACACCCAGAGAGCUCCGGCACCACAGCAGAUCGACAGGUGGCUGAGGAAACAGUUUGAAGUUAUGGACAGGAACCAUGAGGGCAGCAUCACAGUGAAGGAUGUUAAAGCUCUGCUGCCUCAGGUCAACUACCGAGUCCCCAACAUGCGCUUUCUUAAAGACAAGCUACAGGAGGUGGAGGCCAGGAGUAAACUAUCGUACCCAAACUUUGCACAGCUUUACAGAACACUGAUGUUUGAUGCUCAGAGGAAUAUUAUUGAGCAGCUGGAGCUCUCCUUUCCCCUUCGAAAUGUUGACCGGCCGGAGCUUUGUCAGAUCUCCCUCUAUGACUUCCAGAAGUUUUUACAGAUGGACCAGAAGGAGUCCUGGGCGUCGGAUCUGAGCCGUGUCAGAGAUUUUCUCAUGGGCUACAUGAGGGGAGGGGCGCAGCCUGAGCCCAUGCUACAACUGGAUGAGUUUCUGACCUUCCUAUUCUCAAAAGAGAACUCAGUGUGUGACCCCCGACUUUCUCCUGUCGUUCCCGAUGACAUGAAAAGGCCGCUGUCUCAAUACUGGAUCUCCUCAUCACACAAUACCUACCUGACAGGUGACCAGUUUUCCAGUGAAUCAUCUCUAGAAGCCUACGCUCGCUGCCUGAGGAUGGGCUGCCGCUGUAUUGAACUGGACUGCUGGGAUGGACCUGAUGACCUGCCAAUCAUCUACCACGGCCACACUUUAACCUCAAAGAUCAAAUUCCUGGACGUCCUGCACACCAUCAAGGAGCAUGCCUUCGUAACAUCAGAGUAUCCUGUCAUAUUGUCCAUCGAGGACCACUGCAGUGUGGUCCAACAGAGGAACAUGGCCACACACUUUAAGAAGGUGUUUGGAGAUCUGCUGCUCACCAAGCCAGUCGACAACAAUGCAGACGAGCUUCCUUCACCCUACCAGCUCCGGAGGAAGAUCCUCAUCAAGCACAAAAAGCUGGUGGAAGGAACUCUGUAUGAAGAGGUGACGUCAGCCAGCUACUCUGAAAACGACAUCAGCAACUCCCUGAAGAACGGCUUCCUUUAUCUGGAGGACCCCAUCGACCAUACAUGGACACCACACUAUUUUGUCCUGACCAGUAAUAAGAUUUACUACUCAGAGGAGACAUCAAGCUACCAGACAGCUGAUGAAGAGGAAGAUGAUGAAGGAAAGGAGGAAUGCAACAACAACGAGCAGCACUGUGCAGAGCGCUGGUUCCACGGGAAGCUGGGCGCAGGUCGCGACGGUCGGCAGGUGGCUGAGAAACUCCUGCAGGAGUACUGCGAGGGUGGCGGCAAAGACGGGACCUUCCUGGUGCGAGAGAGUGAGACGUUUGUUGGAGACUACACCCUCUCCUUCUGGCGGUCUGGUCGAGUCCAACACUGCAGGAUCCACUCCCGUCAGGAGUGUGGUUCCCCCCUCUUCUACCUGACAGACAACCUGGUGUUCGACAGCCUUUACCACCUCAUCUGCCACUACAGAGACACGCCGCUGCGCUGCAACGAGUUCGAGAUGAGGCUGGGCAGCCCAGUGCCGAAGCCCAACGCCCACGAGAGCAAAGAGUGGUAUCACUCCAGUCUGUCGCGUGUUCAGGCUGAACACAUGUUGAUGCGUGUGCCCAGAGACGGAGCUUUCUUGGUACGAAAACGCAGCGAACACAACUCCUACGCCAUCUCCUUCAGAGCGGAGGGUAAGAUCAAACAUUGCCGCAUCCAGCAGGAGGGUCGCCUCUUCAUGUUGGGGAGCUCGGCAGAGUUUGAGAGCCUCGUAGAUCUGGUGAGCUACUACGAGAAACAUCCUUUGUACCGCAAGAUGAGGCUCCGCUACCCCAUCAACGAAGACACUCUGGACCGGAUGGGCACCACAGAGCUUGACUACGGUGCCCUGUAUGAAGUUCGCACUCCUCAUUUCUACGUGGAGGCCAAUAAGAUGCCCACGGCACGGUGUGUGGUCAAAGCUCUGUACGACUACAGAGCCCAGAGAGAAGACGAGCUGUGUUUCCCAAAGCAAGCGCUCAUCCUCAAUGUGGACAAGCAGGAGGGCGGCUGGUGGCGAGGCGACUACGGAGGAAAGAAGCAGCUGUGGUUCCCUGCAAACUACGUGGAGGAGAUGCCCACGUCUCCCACCAGAGAGCUGGAUGAAGUGUCAACAGAGAACAGUCCUUUGGGAACUUUCCUCAAAGGCUUUAUUGACGUCCCCACCUGCCAUGUUGUGGUGCAUAAAGACGGAAAAAAUUCCCGGCCUUUCGUCUUCACAAUCCACUCCCAGCAUCUUCCCUCCCAUCCAGUCCAGACUCUGGAUGUGGCGGCCGACAGUCUGGAGGAUCUCACCGGCUGGGUCAGCAAAAUCAGAGAGGCUGCACAGAACGCCGAUGCACGGAUGCAGGAGGAGAAACAGAUGGAGAGGAGGAAGAAGAUUGCAGUAGAGCUGUCGGAGCUGGUGGUUUACUGCAGACCCGUCCCCUUCAACGAGGACAAGAUCGGGACAGAACGUGCGUGUUACCGGGACAUGUCCUCCUUCCCUGAGACGAAGGCAGAGAAGUUUGCGACUCGUGGUCGAGGGAAGCGCUUCCUGCAGUACAACCGCCACCAGCUGUCCAGAGUUUAUCCCAGAGGACAGAGACUGGACUCGUCCAACUAUGACCCGCUGCCCAUGUGGCUCUGUGGCUCCCAGCUGGUUGCACUCAAUUUCCAGACCCCAGACAAACCCAUGCAGCUGAACCAGGCCCUGUUCCUGCUUGGAGGUGGCUCUGGCUUCGUUCCUCAGCCUGACAUCAUGAGGGACGAUGCCUUCGACCCCUUUGAUAAGGACACACUGCACGUGGAGCCAAUCACCAUCCAGCUACAAGUACUGGGAGCUCGCCAUUUGCCAAAGAACGGCCGCAGCAUCGUCUGUCCCUUCGUGGAGGUGGAAAUCUGUGGAGCAGAUUACGACAGCUGCAAGUGUAAGACGGACGUUGUAGCUGAUAACGGUCUGAAUCCUGUGUGGGUGCAGAAGCAGUUUGUGUUUGACAUCCACAACCCCACCUUCCCCUUCCUGCGCUUCACUGUCUACGAGGAGGACAUCUUCAGCGACCCUAACUUCCUGGCCCAGGCGACGUAUCCGGUCCGUCUGCUGCGAACAGGCUACAGGAGUGUACCUCUGAAGAACAGCUACAGUGAGGAGCUGGAGUUGGCAGCACUUCUGGUUCAUAUAGAGAUCGUCAAUGCAAAGGAGGAGGAUGACGAGAACUUGUACACGUCCAUCCAGCGGCUGCGGGACCGAACCAGCGAGCUGUCCACCCAGGUUUCUCUCCUGGAGAGGUCGGGUUCUGCAGACCUGCGCUACCAGCAGAGUCUGGAGGAGCUCCGAGCAGCUCAGGACCAGCUGAGCGAGCUGGUGGAGGCUCGAAACCGCAGGCUGAUGAAGAAGAGGAGGGAGAAGCUGCGGCAGCAGGUAGCGGCAAAGCGCAGUUAAUCACCUCGUCCACCAGUGGGCGCUAAUCUGAAACACAAAGAGUGCCUAACAUGCUGUGCAGGGAUGGCUGCGACGUGCAAUCUGACAUUUAAACCGUAAGGGGAGACAAAAAAAUCUUCCUUUAGGUUAAAAAAAACAACAAAUGGAAGCAUCUCAUGGACUAAUAACACUAAACUAAGCUAUAACAACAAUCAGGACUGAAGGCUGAAACACAUGAAGAGCAAACUAGAGAGGAUACUGCUGAUGUUUCCAUGGUAACAAUACAGACAACUCACUGUAAGUGUAAAUGUCAUUACACUUUGUACUACUACGAGUUUUGAGACUAUAAAAAAGUUUGCAAACAGAUUUUGUCAGACAUAUGUGGGCCAAACUACUAAAGUUGUUACUCCAGCCAUGUUUAGUUGGUCACUAUUUUUUUUUUUUUUUUUUAGCAGGAAAUUGGAAAACAAACCUGCCUGUGAUUUAUCUGUCUCAUAAUAAAAUGAGCUCUUUAAAAGCUGCUCUUACUGUGUUUCAGACUUUAGGAAGAAAAACUGGAUAAAAAAGGGAGAGAAAAACUCAGGUUACACAAAUGUUAAGGAUGAGAAACAGAAAAGGUCCUGUCUGGAUGGGCAAAGGGAGCUGUGGGCACGUGUAGCAAAAGGGAAAUAUCCUGUUUGUGCCUUCGUGGUCGGGUUGUGUAAACUUAGUUACUCCUCAGCAACUGGAAAAGUUUCCCUUUCAGGGAAAACUGUUAUAACUAGAGGAGGAAUGCACUCGUUUGGCUCACACCACUACAUAAGGGAUUUAAAGACUGAAGUCUGCUCCUUCUCCUCAAGCCCAAGUCUUUCCUUUGGGGUGAUGAUGUGAAGUCUUCCCCCAGGUGUCGGGGUCUUUUGUCACUUAACUUCCUGUUCUGCCUGGGAGAGCACAAACUGUGCCAACAAAAAAACACGAGAAGGUCUUUUAACACUUCUUUUAAGGGCUCUUGAUUAAUCCAUGCUACCUUCAGAGAGGCACAAGAACUGGGGAGGAGACCAAUGAACCCCCUGGAUGUCCCCUGUGCAGGGGUUCAGGUGUGUUCACUUGCCAGACACACACGACACAUAAGGGCUAUGACAGAAAACUAACGGAGCACUCUUUUCUACCUGCUGGCUUGGAAUGCCUCUCAUCUGAACCAUGUGACCAGAAUCAGUUUCCAUUAUCUGUCUCAAAUUAGCAGGUGUGGCUCUACUGGUCCUGAAUCUGCCAAAACCAGGUGUGAUUUCCCCCCUUGCAUGGCUUCAUGUCUAAUCCCACCCACCCUCCUGUAGCUACACCCCCCUGUAUUAUUUCUUAUCAUGUAUAUAACUUCUUUUAUUUAUCAGGCAGGUGUUGGUCUUAUUUUAGUAGAUGACAGAACUCAUUAAUAGAAUGAUGACUGUCUCAGACUGAAGAUACUGUAAUUUUACUUAGGAAUUAAUAUUGUGUACCUGGAGCUCCCUUUAAAUGUCCCCAUAGACACAAACCUCUCUUUCUCCCUACAGAACACUGUACGCUGCACCGUGUAGGGACUUCUAUGCAAAGGUCACCACGGCCUACAGAUGUUGUGUAUUAGCUGAUUUGAUUCAAGUUGUGUUUUCUCCCUAUACCUAUGCUAACUGUCCAGUAUUAUUACUCUGUAUUACAAAUCCUGUGCAAGGUUCCAGUUAAUAAAGCUAUUUCAUGUA